GGAGUUUUUCUCAGCAUCAACUAUUGGCUUUUGCUGGUACUCGCAAGAGUGAAAAUACAAGUGAUGUUCAAGAACAAGGAAAUGACGACAUCCCGAUGGAAAUUGUUGAACUCAUGGCGAAAAAUCAGUAUGAAAGACGUCAUUAUGAGGCGGACAGAAAUCAUUUUUUCUCAGAACAGACCAAUGACAAAAGAAAUGCUGAGUUAAUGGGUUUUCCUAGAGUUCAUGGGAAUGGGGUGUUUAGACCGUUACAUGAAGACAGCAACUGCAUGAGAAAACCUCCAGCUGGCAUAGGUAUGUUUACAACAAGGGAGAAUAUGGGACCCACCAAACAAAAUCCCAUUAACUGUUUUUCUGAUAUCCGUGGAGAUCAUUUCAAUAUAGGUCAAUUGGAGGGAAAUUCUGCCUUUUCAGGGUUUAGCGCAUUUUCACAGUGCCAAGAGAUGCGCUCAGGUAGAAUCCAAAGAUCUGAUUCUAGUCCCAUCAGAAAUGUUACCCCUCAAAAUUGCAAAUGGAAAAAUGAGAAGGUGCCAGGCAGAUUCUCUUCUACCAAAAAGCCAGUCUUAGAAGUCUAUAACUCAUACCAGCAUGGUUCACAACAGAGUGAAGAAGCAGAGCAUGCUAGGUCCCUUUUGAUGCCAACCGUUUCGAGAACUAAUCACAUGCCUUUUGGACUUAGCAUUCCUCAAAAGAAUGAAACUCAGUCAAGUAACCGUGAAAAAUAUUCACAAUUCCCAGACACACCGCGUGAUGGGAGAAGGAUUGGGAAUCUUGAUCUGAACUUUAUGAAUCUGAAUGCUAACAAUCUUGAAAAUCAGAAUGGGAAUUUUGGUUCAGAAUCUUUCAGAAGGACAUCUACCGAAUAUCCAUUUGCUUUCAAGCGUGGGGGAUUUGAUCUCAACACAAAGGUAUCAGGAUCACUCGAUCUACAUUCUAAUGAAACCAUACCUGCUAUGCAAUUGCUCAGCCUCAUGGAUCCAGGGAUGCAGUCUUGUUCAUCUUUCAACUUGAAUGGAAAACAUAAGUUUUUCACCAAACCUUUUGUUCCCUGUGAUCAUCACCCAAAGGUUAGUCUGGAUGGGACAUCUAAGGUCCUUGAGAAACCUCUGAUUCUCUGUGAUCACCAUUCGAAGUUCUCUGGGCGAGGGACUGGUGUGGUAUAUGGUGAUAGCUCAAGACAAACACCAUCUUCUUUUUAUGGUAAAAAUCACCCUUCAGAGAAAUCUUGUGCUGUUGUUGAUGUUGGUUCAUUUGCUUCUCCGUAUAAAAAUGAUGGUGAGUUUAAAAGAGGUGCUGAUUUUACUGGUCAAGUUCCAUUGAAGUCUGAAAAGCAAGGGAAAGCAAUUGCACAAAGCCAAAGCCGUAGAAAAUACCUUUGUAAGAGAGACAGGUGCACUGUCAACAGAAACCCGGCUGAGUUUAAUGUUCAAGAAAGAGAAAAAUACAUGAUUAGCGGUAAAAAGCUGAAAUUCGGAAGGAAGAUUCCUUCCAAAGGCAGAUCCGGAUUGAUUAAUGUCAAUGGGAAGAAGCAUCAGAGAGUCACAAAGCUCACAGCUAUGAAAGAGCAUCAACAACAUUAUACAUCAUGAAUGUG